UAACUUAUUCUCAUAUUAGUAUUACUUUAGUGUCCCAUCUAGACUAAGUAGUAUUUAGAAUGCCUGCUAUGCACACACACUAAGAAUUUCGUACGAAUAAUUUUGUUGCUUACCCAUGUUUAUCGAUUAUCUGCUAAUCAUUCGUUUCGGGAGAAAACCAAAUUUGUUUACUAUUCUAUAUUUUUUGAGAUGAGGAAUUACGUACAUUAUUUACAAUGGACAGAUAGGUGUCCUCAUCUUGUUUGUUGUCAUCACGUAGAUAACAACAAACAAGAUAAGGACACCUAUCGUCGUCCAUUGUAAAUAAUGUACAAAUAUGUCUGGGACGCUAUCUCUUUUGACUUCAGGAAAAUAUUUAGUUUCAGUAUUGAAAUCUCUUUGUAAACAUAUAUACUCGAAGUAUACUUAAGAUAGGUUUCAACUAUUAUUGGCUGAAUAGCACUACGUAGCAGUGUAGGGAGGGGUCAUUUAUGUCAUACUUUGGGAUAUCAUUGCCCACUUGAGUCGAGAUUUGUUGAAUGCCGAAAUAUAUUCCUGUCUCGAUGGUUUGUCUGAUAUCUUCUGGAGGAAUUUGUUCAGGCAUUGAUGACUGCUUUAGCAAUGAUGUGCCCAGAAGAUCCUUACCUGUUCAUUAUCAACAAACUUUUGCAUAUCAAAGAACAAGGACUUCAAUCUGUUCGUUGGGACAUGUUUCUUGAUGAGACUAUUAAAUCCAGGAGGGCGUUGUAUAAAUGCAGAUUUGAAUUUUCUUUUGAAGAGGAUGAAGAUGAAAAUGUAAUGCGUGAAUUGUUUCUAAGAGCAUAUGAAUACUUCAACUUAAAAUUAAAAUGGAGAGGUCUUAAUGCAUUCAUAUCAAACUGGACUGCAUGCAAAGAAAAGAAGGAAGGUGUGAUUGCAAAAGUUUUAAGAAUACAAACUCAACGCCAAUACAAAUUUGUUUACACUGCUUUUUUUGCUUGGAAAGAAUGGACACAGCAGAUAGUGGACCGAUAUGCAAUCUUUCAUUUUACAGCAGCUCAACAACUGCUUGAUCAUGUUUGGGAUUUGCAACUGUGUAAAACUAUUUUCAAUGCCUGGCACCAUGUCACACUUGAAUCAAUUCAACAGAAAGAGUAUUUUGAUAGAUUAGAAAAGGGAGAGAAUACUGAGAAUGAGGAACCAAUUCCUUCAAAAAAUUGUCUUCCAGAAGUACAUGACAGUAUUUCAACUUUACCUUACAAAGUUUCUGUACAGAUAUUCAGUUUCUUAAAUGCCAUUGAUCUUGCCCACUGUGCCCGUGUAUGCCGUUCCUGGAAGGUUCUAACCAAUGCCAGUACACUCAGGUAUAAGCUUAAUCUUCAUGAAAUAAGCCAUAGGUUGAAUGAUUUGACUGUGAGCAAACUGAUUUACCUCUACCGUCCAUAUCUGCUGCACUUAAAUCUGCGAAACUGCCAAUGUAUUCAGAUUUCUUCCUUCAUGGCAAUAAGUAGCUGUAAUAACCUGCAGGACCUUAAUUUGUCAAACUGCCAGGCACUUAAGGAUGACCAUCUACUUCUCAUAGCUCGGCGUUGUCAUAUCUUACUUUACCUUAAUAUUUCUCACACACUUAUAACUGAUACAGCUUUAAGAAUAAUUGCUCGGUAUCUCAGUAACUUACUUUGCUUAAGUUUGGCAUAUUGCAGAAGGUUCACAGACAGAGGAAUGACUUACCUGGCACAAGGAGAAUGCUGUAAGAAUUUAGAACAUUUAGAUCUUUCAAAUUGUCUUCAGUUAACUCCUGAAGGAUUCAUGCAAAUUUUCAACAAGUGUGAUAAUCUUAAAGUCUUUAUUGUUGAUGAAUUCCCAACUUUAACGGACCAAUGCAUCCAGAGUAUCUUACUUCAUUGUUCCAAACUAGAACACAUCUCCUUCCUUGGUUCUCCACUACUCACUGAUGCAGCAUUCCAGAAGUUUCCCAAAACACUGAAAAUUAUCAAACUUGAAGGUAACAAUCGUAUCUCUGACAUGUCUAUCAAGCUGCUAAGCCGAAUGUGUCCCAAUGUGAGUCAUAUCUAUUUAGCAGAUUGCCAGAGACUAACAGAUAUAUGUCUUCGAUAUUUAGCAACUUGCAAGCAACUAACCAUUCUUAAUCUUGCUGAAUGUAUAAACAUUACAGAUGCUGGGAUUCGAAGUUUUUCAGAUGGGAUCUGUGCCAUUAAGCUACGGGAAUUGAAUCUAUCAAACUGUGUGCAUCUGGGUGAUAUGUCUUUGAUCAUCAUUUCUAAAAAAUUACAGAAUUUGACUUACCUUAGUCUGAGCUUUUGUGAUAACAUCAGUGAAUCCAGUCUGGAAGCAUUGGGACAGGCACCAAAUCUAAUUUCGCUGGACAUUUCUGGUAGUUCUUGUUCAGAUCAGAGUAUUUCCGCAAUUGGAAAAAGAGCAAGGAUGAAGAAUAUCAACAUUUCUCAGUGUACUAAUAUUACAGAUUUAGGGCUCCAGAAGUUUGCUAAGCAAUGUCCAGGCUUAGAGCAGAUUGAUCUUUCACACUGUCUGCAAAUUACAGAUGUUGCUAUAAAGAAUUUAGCUUUCUGCUGUCGUCUUUUGAGUUGUGUGAAAUUAUCUGGUUGUAAAUUUAUCACCGACCUUGCACCGCAGUAUUUGUCUGGUGUGUGUCAUUAUCUAGUCCAGCUAGAUCUCAAUGGCUGCAGUUUAAUUACAGAUAAAGGAAUGAAAUAUGUGCAGAAAGGCUGCAAUUGGUUGCGCAUCCUGAACAUUCUCUAUUGUAAAAGUAUUUCAAAGUCUAUAGUUCAGAAAAUGAAGCGCUCUAUUGAUACUGUGAACUAUAAUGGUGAGGAAUGUCAUCCAUCUUUGGAAUGUUAAACAGAGAAAUAAUUUAAUUUGACAUGAGGAACCAUAGUAUUAUUCCCCUAAUAAAGAUUAGCUAAUUUACAUCUGUUAAUCUGUAAUCAAAUUUUCCCCACCAAUUCAAAACUUGCUAAGCAGCCAUAUUUUCUUCAUAUCUCACUCAAAAUUCUUUGAAAGAGGAGACAUUGGAUAAUCUAUUUAAUUAAAACUAGAUGACACAUAACAACAACAGUUGCAAUUAAAUAUACAAUACCGGAAUAUGUUCUACAUUAUAUACAGGGUCCGCCAAAAGUAACUAUAUAUUUUUAUUUCAACAUGAUAAAUGUAACAUAGAAGAAAUAAGCUACUACAAUACAGAAAGUAACACAGGGUACACUAAAGUUUGUUGCAACAUAAAACGUGAUGUUUAUUAAAGCUCUGUGUGCUCUCCGUGGAGCUCAAUGCACUUUGCUAAUCUUUCAGGGACGGAGUGGCAUACUUUGGCGCACAGCUGCAAUGGCAGCUCGAAUUUGUUCCUUAAGUUCAGCAAUGUUGCGGGGCUUUGUUGAGUAGAUUCUCUUUGAGAACGCCCCACAGGAAAAAGUUGGGUGGGGUCAAAUCCGGCGAAUGAGACGGCCACUCAAGCGGUCCUCGCCUGCCAAUCCAUCGACAGGGCAGGUUGGUGUCCAGCCAGUCUUGCACAAGCGUAGCAUAAUGGGCUAGUGCCCCAUCCUGCUGAAAGUACAGACCCUCUGCUCCAUCCUGCUCUUGUAAUAACGGCAAAACCAGCUUCUGUAACAUAGCCAGGUUACAUUGUGCAGAAUCAUUUCAAAACCGCAAUCUUUUGUUCUUUUGUUAAUCGGGUGGAUACAAUCGAUAUAACAGUAUAUCUGAAAUAGGGGGAAAAAAAAAGAAAUAAAAAUAUAAGAUUUCAGUUUUCAAAUGACAUAUGAAAUAGAAAAAUUGAAUAAGUAUCAACAAGGUUACAAGCAAAAGAAAAUAUAUAGUUUCUUAUGGCAGACCCUGUAAAUAGCAGACAGCCUAUAAAUGAUCAUUCAGUCUACUAUAAAUAUAAACCAAAUUUUCGAGUCACUCACUAUCAUCUUAAUUGGAUAAUGUAGUCUACAUAUAUUAUAUCUAAAAAAGAAAAAAAGAACAAAAGGAUAAAACAUUGAAAGUCAGUGACAGAAUUCUAUUGAUCAUAAGUUUUUACCUUAACUGCAUAACAGGACAAUGGAAUGUAUAUAAUUGUUUUAUGAAGAAUGAGGACCAAGAUUAAGAAUAUGAUUGCAAUGAAAAAGCAUUUUAAACAGAGAUUUUGAAUAAAAAUUCAUGAUAAAUAAAUAGUUUGCAGAAGGAAGGUUUUACAGGAUUUAUUGAUGAGUCUGUUGUAUUAGUUUCUGAUGUAAGAUAACUGUAUUUCAUUAAAUUUUAAUUAUCUUUUUA